AUGGCUCUGACUCAACCAAUCAUCAAAAUGUUGGACGAGUAUGAACUGACGCUGGUCCUAGUGGGCUUUAUGAUAGCCUUCUUACUAGCCUUUGGAAUUGGAGCAAACGAUGUUGCAAAUACGUUUGGUACAAGUGUUGGAGCCAAGGUGUUGUCACUGCGUGCGGCAUGUUGGCUUGCUUCAAUUUGUGAACUCACCGGCGCUAUUCUUCUUGGUGGUCAUGUGUCUAAAACUAUAAAAGAUGGCAUAGUCGAUACAAGUCAGUUCAACAACACAGCGGAUGGUCCACUGCUUCUUAUGCAAGGUCAAGUAUCUUCGCUUGCAGGUGCAGGCAUCUGGAUGCUUAUCGCGACAUUCUUUCACCUGCCUGUCUCUGGUACCCACAGCAUUGUUGGAGCGACGGCGGGAUACGGUCUGGUUCAAUUUGGGUUACAAGGCAUCAAAUGGAUGGGCCUUCUGAAAAUAGGAUACGUGGAACUCCUUAAGAAACGGGAACUUGAGGGCUGGGAAGGAACCACAGGCUUUAAUGAGCAAUCGCGGUUGCGGGCUUUCUUUAAAAAUGCAUACAGACGUUUCCUCGACUUCCUACACUGUCGUAUCUGUCACAAAACUGAAACAGUGGAUACAGAAAGUGGGUUAAAUGGACCGACAUCCGCUAAAGUCUCGAUCGAGGGUGACAUGACGCCAGUACGAAUUCACCGAAAUGAAGUGCUUAGCUCCAAAUCAGAUCUGCUGCACCAAGUGGCAUCCGAAUCGACCUUUGACGGCCGCGAAACGUCCGAACGAACAUUAGACGAUGUGUCGCUUUCAAUGGAGAAGAUCAACAGAAGUUCAACGAAGAAUGAUAUCAUGAUACUGUCAGAAACUGAUAUAACCGCAAGUGAGGAUGGCGACACGAUAUCCUAUUCGGAACCAGCAAACAAAGUUGAUCGACCUGAGGAGGCCAAAGUCUUCUCUUAUGCGCAGAUUCUUACAGCUACUUUUGGGUCUUUCGUGCAUGGUGGCAACGAUGUUAGUAACGCAAUUGGACCUCUUAUUGGUCUCUGGACU